CCAGUUAUUUUUUGUUAUUUACAUAAAAGAAAUAAAAAUGACAAAGCGAGCGAAUCCUUUUACUGACGACCCGCAUCAAUUAAAAACACAUAUUGGGCAAAUGGAAGUCGCCAAGGGUGUUGCUGGAAAAAGCAUUUUGGAAAAAAUUCAUGAGAAUACAAUGAAAAGACUUGUUGAUGGAGCUAAAAACUUUUACAAUGGAUAUGUCUGUGGCAAAGAUGAUGGGGAUGGAGAUGCAACUGAUAUAUCUGAAGCCCAGGAAAUACAGGCAGCAGGAAACAACAACAUAAACCGUUCUCAAAAACAAAGAAGCAUAGCGUCGUUUUUUGGUGGAACUUCAGAAAAAACAAAUAAAAUGGAUACUUCUCCGAACACAACUUGUUGUCGAGUUUGCAAAGACACUCAAGUCGCAAUUCAUUGCUCGUUUUGUGAAGCUCCGUCCUGUGUUUCCUGCCUGCGAACUUGCUCUGAUUGCGGACAAGAUUUUUGUUCUCUGUGUGCUGUUGUUAGUUAUAAAAGUACAAUGGAAAAAGCGUAUUGCCUCAACUGUGUUUCAGAUGUGUAGGUGUGAUGUGGAUGGCAUUGUAACAUAAUAAUGAAUGACGUUUUUGAACAAUUGCAAUUAUUGCGAAGGAAGUUUAUAGUAUGUGGACAUGUUUAAAAACGGUUGCAAAUUUGCAAUGGCAGUGUUGUGGCAUAAAAAAAAAAAAUUGGACUCGCAAGCAUUCCAAAAGCUCUACUGAUUAAAAACAUCAAUCCUGGUUAAGAUAUAUUGAGAACCGACAGAACUCAAAACAAAAUUGAAAUUGUAAAGGAACUUUAUGGACACCCUGUAUUCUGCUAUUUGCUUAGUUUUUUGUUUUUUGAUCUCUUCAAGCACUGUGUUUUCACAUUUUUUCAAGCACUACAUCACUUUAUUUUUUUGCAGAAGUUGAUUUUUUCCAUUUCGUCCUCUGUUUAUCAUUCCAACAAGGAAAAAAACAUUUUGAACCACUAAAAACUAAUCACAGUAAAAUCUCAUUCCCAAAAAUUUUAUCACACGCUCUAGAUUUCGUGUUGCCAUUUAAUUAUUGCCGCCACACAAUAGCCUUAUUAUAAAAGAUAUCACUAUAAUUCAGAAUACCCAAACUUGCUAUGUAGUGCUAGUCAGCUCAGUGUAGAAUGCACGCAAUAGAAUAUAGAAAAAUAAAACAAGAAUACAACACCGGACACUCGGCAAACCUUAAAAUAUUCAAGGCGACCCAACUUGGGGUCGCGACCCACACUUUGGUGAUCACUGUCUUGGAGAAUGGAACUGUACAUAUGAAAUUGGCUGUGUUCAACUACUCAUCUUCCUAGACGUAACACAGAUCUAAUACAUUUUUUUUAUUUGAAAACAUGCUCUAUUCAGAAAAGGCUGUAUUCUAUAUUGCGUAUUCUUAAAAUUUUAUGAAUUUUCAUCAGAAAUGAUGUUACUUCCCUUGUCUGCUUGUCGAUCUCUUGAUAACUGUAGAAAAUCUAUCUCAAUUUUCUCAAACAUAUGCAUCAGUUUUUGCAAUCAAUUAUUCCUCGAUCGAUAAAUGAUUCCCCUUAUUGUAUUUGAUUAGUAAAUUGGGUGAUUCUGAUCUACGAUAGCGCUCUCAUGCUUGUAGUGUCCAUUUUUUCUCUCGUUAUUCAAUCUUUUGCAUUACUCCCUUUGAAAGUAUACACAAUCACAUUUUUUUGUAUUUUUCACAG